AUGCUCUCGUCCGACCACAACGGCGCCCGGCGCUUCCCGUACGGUGACAGCAGCCCCUGGAGCAUCCGCGGGGACGCCGUCUGCAGGGAGUGGCUCUUGCAGCGGGACCACCCCGGCGAGCACCCGGACCUGCGGUUCCCUUUCCUCUGCGCCGGCGCCUUCAUGGGCACCGCCGCGGCGUUGCGGCGGCUCUACGCCAGGCUGUUCUCCCUGUACCGUGCCACGCGGGAGUACCACGACCAGGCCCUGCUGACACUGCUGCUCCUGAGGAACCAAUCCCUGGGCUUCGUCGACGAGGCGGCGUCGCUAUUCCUGUCGCUGCACGGUCACGAUGAGAUGACCUUCCACGGCGGCUAUGCUACGAGGGUUACUUCGCGGCCACAGGCGAGGGCCUUGCCGAGGAGGACGCCGGGAGGACGGCGCGCGGGCGCCCGCGCCGGCGCCCGCGCGGAGCGGCGAGCGCCCCCGGCGGCCUCGGCGGCCCUCCUGGGCUGCUGCACUUCAACGGCAACGCCAAGCAGCACCUGCCGCGCUGCGUGGAGUACUUCCGCGCCAACGGAUUUGUCCACGACCGGAGGGUGCACCUACUUCGACGGCGACAGGAACGAGUACGCCGGCGUCCGCCUGAGCAGCUGA